AUGGACGCCGACGUUGUUGAGAAGGCCCCUAGCCAGACCGAGGCCAACGCCCCAGAGCUUGUCGAUUACGAUGCGUCCGCCGAUGCUCGUGUGCGCCGGAAGCUCGAUUUUAACAUGAUGCCUUUGUUUUUCGUCUUGUAUAUGUUGGCAUUCCUGGACCGGGGGAAUAUUGGCAACGCCGAGAUCGCCGGCAUGGGAACAGCAUUGAACCUAACCAGCAGCCAAUAUGCCUGGUUCUCCACUAUUUUCUACAUCACGUACAUCAUCUUCGAGUUCUGCAUUAUAUUCUGGAAGAUUUUUCCGCCUCACCUGGUGGGGGCUAUUGUGGUGUUUGGAUGGGGUCUCUUGGGUACUGUGCAGGCUGCUGCUCAGUCCUGGGGUGGUAUGAUGGCGAUUCGUUUUCUGCUCGGUGCUUUUGAAGCUGCCUAUGCACCUGGAAUUAUGUACCUUUUGUCAUUCUUCUACCUCAGACACGAAGUCGGUUUCCGAUGCGGACUCUUUGCCUCUGCUGCGCCCUUAGCCUCGACCUUUGCCGGAGCUCUUGCAUAUGGGAUCACCAACGGACAUUCUCAUUUAGAAAACUGGCGCCUGCUGUUCCUUGUCGAGGGCCUCGCCACAGUCAUCAUGACUCCGUUUGCCUUUUUCUUCAUUCCCGACUCGCCUGAUAAGGUCCGCUUUCUGAAUGGCGAGGAGAGGGAGAUUGUCAAGUCUCGCUCUAUGCGCCAGGUCGGCACCGAGCCCGCUGUUCGAAUUGGAGGAUUGAAUUUCGCCGAGUUUUUGAAUACUUUGAUUGACGACAAGGCCUGGUUUGUUGCUUUGAUGUACUUUGGCGCCAAUGUCAGCUAUGCUAGCUUGCCCGUCUAUCUACCCACGAUUUUGAGCGCCAUGGGAUAUAGCAGCAUCAAUGCGCAAGGUUUCAGCGCACCUCCCUAUUUCGUCGCCUUUCUCUUCGCCUUGAUCACUACGUACAUCGCCGAUAAAACGCAGCAGCGUGGAUGGAUGCUUUUUUCUACUUCUAUCGUCGGCGGAAUCGGCUACAUCAUUCUAGCCACCGUGACUACAGUCGGGGUUCGUUAUUUUGCUGUAUUUCUCGCUGCAGCUGGUGUCUUCUCCACCAUCCCGAACAUCAUUGCUUGGACGUUGAACAACCAAGGCUCCGACAGCCGUCGUGGCGCAGGUCUUGUCCUGAUCAACGUUGUCGGCCAGUGCGGUUCAGUCCUGUCAUCGCGUAUCUAUCCAACCUCAGACGGACCGCGGUACAUUAAGGGCCAGUCCGUCUGCGCUGCGUUUAUGUUCUUCACUGCUAUUCUCGCUUUUACUUUUCGCUUCUUGCUUGUCUGGGAUAAUAAGCAGUUAGAGCGCAGGCAACAGAAGGAGGGUCAGCCCAACGCUGCCGCCGUCGAAAACUACGGUCCCACGUUCCGUUAUGCCUUAUGA